AUGAAAAUGCCAUGUAUGAACGAUUGGCUAGAAAUAGCAAAUAAAUUCGAAGUAUCUGCUAAUUUCCCUCAUUGUGUCGGUGCUGUAGAUGGAAAGCACAUCAGAUCGCCGAUAGUGGCUACAACUUUUUUUAACGUCGGUGCUUAUGGAAAGGAUUGUGAUUCAGGUGUAUUUAAAGAUACAGCUUUCUGGCACAACAUGAUUAACAAUACUUUGAACUUGCCAGGACCUGCUUCCUUACCUAAUACCAACAUUGCUUUGCCAUAUGUAUUCGUAGGCGAUGAAGCAUUUGCACUACAUCAGAAUUUUCUGCGCCCAUAUAAUAGUCAACAGCUUGAUGCAGAAAAAUCCGUUUUUAAUUAUCGGUUAACAAGAGCGAGACGAUAUGUAGAAUGUACCUUUGGGAUACUGGCCAAUAAAUGGCGAAUUUUUCAUCGACCUUUAAACGUGUCAUUGGAUUUGGCUGUUGAUGUUGUGAAAGCUUGUUGUUUACUGCAAAAUUUUAUACACAAAGAGGAGGGUGUAAAAGGGGUGCAAGAAUCUCUAACUCACACCGAGUUAGAGGAGUUUUUGCCAUUUGAUUCUACAGAAAUAGUUCCUACAACAGCUAAUGAUAUACGUGACAAAUAUAAGGAGUAUUUUAAUUCUGAAUAUGGCAGUGUACCAUGGCAAAAUAAUUAUUGUUAA